GCGCUUCGCUUCCCUGGUGCGCUUCAGUGAGCGCGGCGGUAGCUCUCGCUGCCUGUAGGGUAGGACCGGCGGCCUUGGUGCCGCGUCUUCUAGUUCCUUCUACCUCCCGCUGGGGGGCGCGGAGAGUGCGGGUCGCUACCCCGAGCCGCGCGGACGAAGUGGGGGACGCGCUGCCCUCACCUGGAGCAGCUCUCCACUGCCCGGGUAAGCUCUCCAGAUCUCCAGCUGGCCAUGUGGUGACUUCAAGGCGCCAGCAGCCACCAGAGAAGGUGUCCUCUCUUUUGAAUGGGGUCACACCAGCCCCGAGCCUGGAAAGAUGGAGUUGCAGUCUACCGGCGGGCAGGAGUCGCCUGUGGACCCCUGGGAAGUGAUCAGCGAUGACUCUGUCGACGUGGAUGGUUCGCCCUCCCUCUCGGACUCUGACCACCCGCCUUGCCCGACAGACGUCAGGUUCACCAGGCACAAAGCCACCUGGAUUAACCCCCAGGGUGUGCAGCCGCAGUUGCAAGAUUUGUGCCCCCUGGUGGCAACAGUGGGGAAGAGCGGGAGACACUUUGUGGCUGACACCACCUCUCCCUCGGGCCCUUCUCCGGCAUCCCUCGGGGACUCCCAGACAGAGACACCAUUGUUGGAGGAUCCUCCGCAGCACUCCCUGGACAGUUGCUCUGCCUGUGGCUCCCGUGAAAAGACUAGAGACUUGUCUUUGAGCUCAACGGAAGAGCGGGCUCUGCUCCCGGGAAGCUCUCUUCCGGGGUCUCCGUUCACCGGCUCAAAGAUUUUGGCCACUUCCCCAUGUCUUGAGGCAGAUGAACUUGCUGUAUUGGCAGGUGCUGAUCAAGUCAACAGAAGAGCCAUUUCUUUGAAUUCCUUCUUACCAGAGGCAUUUGUGUUCCCUGUGGAUGUAGAAAAGGAAAAUGCCCACUUUUAUGUUGCAGAUAUGAUUAUAUCAGUAAUGGAGAAAAUAAAGUAUAAUAUCCUGAGCCAACAGCAGACAGAGAACUGGAGUGUAGACAAAGCCAACGAGUCACUUGGAAAUGAUCAGGUUGACCCGGAAGUGACCUUUAAUGCCAAAAUGAAGCAAGAAUCUGUAUCUUCCACUUCUCCAGACAGUGGCUAUGAAGGUUGUGGUGAGUUAAAGGUCAGCCCAGUGCUUGAAACACCUCCUGACUGUGAUGUGGUGAAGGAGGCCUGCAAAUGUGACUUUGAUGAAUUUGCCAUUUUAGAACUUGGAGAACUUAAGGAUACCACAGAAACCUGUGGAUGUUCCUACAGCUCCUCCAAGAGUGGCAUUUAUGAGCCAGACUUUAAUUCUGCUGAACGAAUAGCCAGAGAGUUGUACCGAGUUUUCCGGAAGUGCUGGUUAUUGUCAGAAGUUAAUUAUCAGCCGGCAAGUUCCUUGAAUGCAGCUGGCUCCAUAGUCGUAAACGAAGAUCGUGUCCGAAAAGAGUUUGAGUCUAGUGUGGAAGUAGUACAGGAAAUUAAAGUUAAAUCUCGGAUCAGAGGGACUGACGACUGGGCCCCGCCUCGAUUUCAGAUCAUAUUUAAUAUCCAUCCACCACUCAAAGUUUGUGAAGCGGCUCCGCUACUGCGAGUACCUGGGGAAGUACUUCUGCGACUGUUGCCACACGUAUGCAGAGUCCUGCAUCCCGGCGCGCAUCCUGAUGACGUGGGACUUCCGGAAGUACUACGUCAGCAAUUUCGCCAAAAGGGUGCUGGACAGCAUAUGGUACCAGCCCAUUUUCAAUUUGCAGGCUAUCAGCCAGAGCCUCUAUUCAAAAGCCAAGGAACUGGACAGAGUGAGGGAAAUGCAGGAGCAGCUUUUUCAUAUCAAGAAGUUGUUGUGCACCUGCAGGUUUGCCAGAAGAGAGAAGCGAGCAGAGAGACAUGGGGACCUCACACCACCAAGAAAGCAGCACCAAGAGCAGAGUGCAUCCUUUGGACCUGGGGUUCCUGCACAGAGAAGCUGCUAGACCAAGGGAAGAUUGAUGACAAGGACCUUUCCCCAGAGCUGCACAGAGAAAAAGCCUUCCCCUGGAACUGGCACCCUAAAUUUGGACUUCUAGCCUACUAGACUGUGAGAGAAUAAAUUUCUCUUUGUUAAAGCCAUCCCCUUGUGGUAUUUCUGUUAUAGCCACACCAGAUGACUAAGACCGUGUGUAAACAAAUCCUUUAUUGUAAACCACUUCUCACAUUCAGUAAUAUUUUUGGAUAUUUUUCCAUGCUGUUAUGGGUUGAAUUGUGUCCCCCAAAAAAUACAUAUUGUAAAUCCUAACCUCUGCCUGUGGCUAGAAUUCCAUUUGGGAAUGGAUUUUCUUCGUUAACAAGACAGGAUUAGUGUAGGGUGUGUCUUAAUCUCUUUUGAGAUGUAAAAUUGAUAACACUAGCAAGUGAGAGAAGAGAAAUGGGAAAAGAUAGGUGCCAAGACACAUGGAGAUCUCCAAGGAACCAAGAAACAAGCUGAAAAGACAAGGACCUUCAUCAGAGCUGACAGAAAGAGAAAGCCUUCCCCUAGAGCUGGCACCCUGAAUUCAGACUUCUAGCCUUCUAAACUAUUAAAAAAAUUUUUUUUUAAUUUCUGUUAAAGCCGCCCACUUGUAGUUUUUCUGUGAAAUCAGCACUAGAUAACUAAGACAUGCCAAUUCACGUUGAUCUAUAUCGUUAUUUUAAUGACCUCAUAGUAUUUAAGUCUGUGGUUCUCCUAUAAUUUACUUGACUAAUUCUUAUCUAACUUUUUUGCUGUUAUAAAUGCCCUGGGAUUAGUCAUCCACACACACACAGGCAUGUACAUAUUUGUGUGUAUAUAUGUGCCUUUGUUUGCUUGGGGUGGUGGCUUUUCCUCCCUCCCUCUCUUCCUCCCUUCUUCCCUUCAUUUCUUCCUUUUCCUCUCUCCCUUCCUCCCUGCCUUCCUCCUUUCCUUCUUUCUUUCCCCUCCUUCUCCCUUUCUCCUUUCCUCCCUCUUCCCUUCCUUCCUUUUAGCUGCUGCUUGGGCAAUGGUUUGAAAAUUUACCAUAAGAUAAAUUCUAGGAAGUGGAACUACUAGGUCAAAGUGUGAGUACAGUUAACGUUUUUAUAAAUGUUGCCAAGUUGCCCCCCAGAAAUGGUGAAUCAAUGCAGAUGCCCCUGGUAGUAUUUGAGUAUUCUCAUUUUCCUUUAGUUGACCAAACACCACUCUUUUUUUUUUUUUACUUUUUACAGCUUUAUUGAGGUAUAGUUGACACACGAAACCACAUAUAUUUACAAUUUUUUUUAAUGGUAUUUUAGGUGGUUUAUAGAACAAAGUAACUUCUCAUUGAAACAGUGCGCAUAUUGUUUUAUGACAUUGGUUUAACAACCCUGCAAUGUCAACACUCUCCCUUCUCGACCUUGGGUUCUCUGUGACCAGCUUCCCUGUCCCCUUCUGCAGUCUAGUACUUGCCCCUGGGCUGGUGUGUCCCUUUAGUCUUGUUUUGUUUUAUGGGCUUGUCUAAUCUUUGGAUGAAGGGUGAACUUCAGGAGUGGCUUCAUUACUGAGCUAAAAGGGUGUCUGGGGGCCAUAUUCUCAGGCUUUCUUCAGUCUCUGUGAGGCUAAUAAGUCUGGUCUUUUUGUGUGUGUGUGAGUUAGAAUUUUGUUCUUCAUUUUUCUCCAGCUCUGUCCUGGACCCUCUAUCGUGAUCCCUGUUAGAGCAGUCAGUGGUAUUAGCCAGGCACCAUCUCGUUGUAUUAAACUCAUUCUGGUGGGGGCUGUAGUAGAUGUGGUCCAUUAGUCCUUUGGACUAAUCUUUCCCUUGUGUCUUUCUUCAUUCUUCCUUGCUGCCGAAGAGGUGAGACCAGUGGAGUAUCCUAGAUGGCUGCUCACAGGCUUGGAAGACCCCAGACAAUACUUACCAAAGUAGAAUGUAGAGCAUUUUCUUUAUAAACUAUGUUAUGCCAGUUGAGCUAGAUGUUCCCUGAGACCAUGGUCCCUACAAACUAGUACUCUUUUAAAGCUUUGCUGAUCUGUGGAAAGUGAUAUUUCAUUCUUUUAAUUUACAUUUCUUUAGUUACAAGUGAUGAACACUUUACCAUGUAUUUGUUGAGUGUUAUUUUGUGUAUCGCCUAUUCUUCACCUAAUUUUUAGCCUUUUUCUUAAGAUUUAUGACAACGCCUGUCUUGGUUUCUUAGUGCUGCUAUAACAGAAAUACCACAUAUAGGUGACUUUAAGAAACAAAUUUAUUUUUGCACAGUUUAGGAGACUGAAAGUCUGAAUUCAGGACACCAGCUCUCAGGAAGGCUUUGUCUGCUCUGGGGGGGAAGGUGCUUGUCUCAGCUUCUGUAUGUUCUUCUUGGAGAUCUCCAUGUGACAUCUGUCCUUCCCCAUUCCUGCUUGCUUCUGUGCCUGAUCUGCUCCUUUUAUAUCUCACAAGGGAUUGGUUUAUGACACACCCUGCGCUGAUACGGCCUCAUUAACAUAACAAAGAAAACUCUGUUCCCAAAUGGGAUUACAUCCACAAGUAUGUUGUUGGUGUUGUUAGGUGGCCUCUAGUCCCUUCCAACUCAUAGCAGACCCAUGUGACAGAGUAGAACUCCCUCACAGGGUUUUCUAGGCUGUAAUCUUUUUUUUUUUUUAAUCUUUAUGGGAGCAGAUGGCCAGGUCCUUUCUCCCAUGGAGCCACUGGGUGGGUUCCAACCACCAACCUUUUGGUUAGCACCCAAGUGCUUAACCACUGUGCCACCAGGGCUCCUUUCUAUAGUUAUAGGGGUUAGGAUUUACAACACAUUUUUGGGGGGUACAAUUCAAUCCAUAACAGCUCCUUAGACAGAAAUUUGGGUUUGGAUUUUCCAUUAAAGCCAAAGUUUGUUAAAAUGUUAAUUUACACCUCACCUGCUUGGCUGACUUCUGUGGAAGGGCCUUCCCUGUCUGACUCUUUGACAUCACUAACCACAAGAUGAACGAGGACCCAAGAGGGAAGCAUGACAUCAGCUGGGUAGGAAAGCUGCUCAGCUGCUCACGAUCGCUGUAGCAGACAGGGUUCCACUAGGGGGAAAAUUGUAUUAAAAAAUUAUAUAUAUAUAUAAAUCCCUGCUGGGUGGUGAAAACAAUUAACACACCCAGCUGCUAACUGAAAGGUUGAAAAUUUGGAGUUCAAGUCUACGCAGAGGCACCUCAGAAGAAAGGCCUGCCUAUCCGCUUUUGAAAAAUCAGCCACUGAAAACUCUGUGGAACAUAGUUCUGCUCUGACACACAUGGGGUUGCCAUGAUGAGGAAUCAACCUGCUGGCAAUUGGUUUAUACAUAUGUAGUAAGGAAUUGGCUUACAAAAUUGCAGGGCUGGCCAAACAAGUCCAAAACCUGUAGGGUAGGCUGUUAGGAAGGGCAGGCCAGAAACCCUUAAGCAGCAGCUGAAACUGCAGUCCAUAGUUGGAUUUCUUCCUCCUCAGGGAAACCUCAGUUCUAACCUUAUGGCCUUCAACUGAUUAGAUCAGGCCCAUCCAGAUUAAUCGAGAGUAAUCUCCUUUACUUAAAGUCAACUGAUUGUAGAUGUUAACUGUAUCCACAAAAUGCCUUCACAGCAACACCUAGCUUAGUGUUUGACUGAAUAACUGGGGAUUGGUACAGAAAACUGACAUCACAGUCCCCAGUCACCCGUCUUCUGAGAAGGGAAGCGCAGGCUCCUUUGCUGAGCAGGAACCUGGUGGGAGAAUGGGAGUCAGGACUGGCUGGUGGGAAGGCUCCAGCCAGGGGUCAGUGAUUGAAUCCCAAGUACACUGGGCAAAUCUUGGUAGUGACUUGAUGAUGCUAAUGGUAGAAGUUUUCUGAAUCACUUUUUAGCCAGGUGAUGAGAAGAGUAAGUUUGUUCUUCACAUCAAGUGUUUGGAAAAGAGUUGACUCUUUUCUGAAGUGCAAGGUAGCUUUAUUUCUCCCUCCUUUCUACCCUCCCUCGCUCCUUCCCUUUCUGUCCUUCCUUUUUUCUCUAAAACAGUUUAAACUCUUGCAAGGAUGAUUGGUCAUCCAUCCAGGGUGCCACCCUAGAAAAAAACAGAAGGAAGCCAGUGGAUCCAGUAAUUUGAGAAUAGAUACCACUGUCUUCAUCAUAAACAAUGUUUUCUUGUUUGUAUAUUGCUAAGUGUCCCCACCCCCACCAGAAGAUAAUGAUAAUAGUAAUACAUUUUUAUCAAAUUUUAGAUUUUACAUGCCAUUUUCAUAUUCACAUUUUAUGUAUUAUAUAUUUAUCUAUCUAUCCAUUUAUUUACCUAUUUAUUUAAUAAAUGUUUUCCUUUCACAGCGGCCCCACAAUGUUUAAUUUGAUUACUGUUUCUACUUUCCAGCUGUAUCAUAUUGAGCAGCUUACUUAGCCUCUCUGUGACUCAGUUUUCCCAGCAGAAAAAGGGAAAAAUUGAUUUAUACUUUAAUUGUCCUUGUUCUACCACAUCCCUUGUUCCUGUGUUUACAUGUUCCACAGUUGAUUUUUUAAAAGUUUUUAGCUUAUGGGGAACAAAGCAUCCAGCUCCUUGAAUGAAGAACAUUUUAGAUAUUUUAAUAUUAAAAUAAGUGACUAAGACCCCUGUCCACACAUCACAUUUUCAUCAUAUAUGGAAGCCACGUCAUUCUGCCGGGCAAGUGCACUAGGACAGCAGCAUGUCUGUGGGAGAACUGCUGGGUGUGUUGGGAACUAGCUAACGGGAAUGGAAUGAUGCCAUAGGGUAUAUCCGUUGAGUUACAUAACUCCAGCAAUUGUUUCUACUAGGGAUUUCUGUGUCUUAAACUAAAAACUGGUUCUUUAGAAACAAGGAUUAUCUCUCAUAAGUGGUGCUGGGGGCCCAAACCAGUAGUACUGGGUUUUUAGGAAUGCAAAUUAGUUUUACCCUGGGGUGGUGGAUAUGGUUAGUGUCUUGGUUAUCUAGUGCUGCCAUAACAGAAAUACCACAAGUGGAUGGCUUUAACAGAGAGAAAUUUAUUUCCUCACAGUAAAAAACAAAACAAAACAAAAACCAAACCCGUUGCCGUCGAGUCGAUCCCAACUCAUAGCGACCUCACAGGACAGAGUAGAACUGCCCCACAGAGUUUCCAAGGAGCACCUGGUGGAUUUGAACUGCCUACCUUUUGGUUAGCAGUCGUAGUAAUUAACCACUACACCAGCAGAAAGUAGGCUAAAAGUCCAAAUUCAGGGCGUUGGCUCCAGGGGAAGGCUUUCUCUCUCUGUUGGCUCUGGAGGAAGGUCCUUAUCCUCAAUCUUCCCUGGUCAAGGAGCUUCUCAGGCACAGGGACCCCCGGUCCAAAGGACAUGCUCUGCUCUUGGUGCUGCUUUCUUGGUGGUAUGAGGGCCUCAACUCUGUGCUUGUUUCUCUUUCCUUUUAUCUCUUAAGAGAUAAAAGGUGGUACAGGCCACACCCCAAGAUAACUCCCUUUACAUUGGAUCAAGGAGGUGACCUGAGUAAGGGUGGUGUUAACAAUCCUACCCUAAUCCUCUCAACAUAAAAUUAAAAUCACAAAAUGGAGGAUAGCCACACAAUACUGGAAAUCAUGGCCUAACCAAGUUGAUACGCAUAUUUUCUGGGGGGCAUAAUUCAAUCCAUAAUAGUUAGUGUCCUUAGCUGCUAAGUGAAAGGUUGGAGGUUUGAGUCCACCCAGAGGUGCCUUGGAAGAAAGGCCUGGUGAUCUACUUCUGAAAAAUCACCCAUUGAAAACUCUGUGGAGCUCAUUUCUACUCUGAUACACGUGGGGUCACCGUGAGUCGAGUUGACUUGAUGGCAUCUGGUUAAAUUAGUUGGAGUACUCCCUUCCUCACUGAGUGUGGCAAUAAUUGAGAGACAGACAGAGAUGAUUGAUAGAAAUUGGAUUGGAUGGCUGAGCUGUGUCACUAAAGCCUCAACCUUGCAUGAAUUUUGCUCUGAGUCCCAGGGAGAGGUGGGCACCUGGUGGUCUCCGCCUCAUGCAGAGCCUGCCCUGUGGCUGACAGCAGGUGGAGAAAGGAAGCAGGCCGGCAGACCUCAGAGGGAAAGCCCAGGAGGGGCUCAGCCACACACGCCAAGUUCCUUCUCCCGAACCUGCCACAACGACAGUCGCUCCUCUUCCAGGUAGCAGCGGUGAUAGUACUGGAAAACUUCCAAGCAGCCCAAAUGUGCAUAAAGAGGCCUGAAGCAUUUCUUCCCUUUUGUAUCAGGGAGUAAUGAUUCUCUGCCUGUUAUGGAAACCUGAGGUGUAGGGGAAAGUAUUUUCCCCAAAUUACUUUACUGUCCAACACUCCUGUUCCAAAAAUUUAAACUCAGUCAUUAGACACUUUUACCUUUAUAGUAUUGGCUCAUUAUAGAAACAAACCAGUUGCCUUCGAGUAGAUUCUGCCUCAUGAUGACCCCAUGUGUGUCAGAGUAGACCUGUGCUCCGUAGGGUUUUCAAAGGCUGAUUUUUCAGAAGUAGAUAGCCAGACCUUUCUUCCGAGGCGCCUUGGGGGUAGACUUAAACCUCCAACCUUAAUAUUAGCAGCUGAGCACAUUAGCCAUUUGUACCACCCAGGGACUCCAAUUAUAGAAAUACUACUAUGUGGCUGGAAACCCUGGUGGCGUAGUGGUUAAGAGCUACAGCUGCUGAUCAAAAGGUCCGCAGUUCAAAUCCACCGGGUGAUCCUUGGAAACCCUAUGGGGCAGUUCUACUCUGUCCACAGGGUCACUAUGAGUCAGAAUCAACUCGAUGGCAAUGGGUUUUUGAUUUUUAUGGGUUUUAUUGUUUAAUUACAGUUUUUAGUAAUCAAACAGAAUUUCUGAAAGCAUCCUAAUCCUUUUAGAGACAUGGGAAAGAUACCCUGGUCUGUGCGCCUUCUUCUGGAAGUGGGAGAGUUCCUGGAAGAAUUGCUACAGCUGUCUGUCUGCUGCACUUUAGGUUGAAUUCUUCUUGGCCCAGUCAGAAUAGCCCUUCCUGAACCUGCUCCCAGAUCCUGGAGGAGCCAUCUGUUGGGCCAGCAGCCAGUGGAGGCACCGCAGGGCCUUGAUUCUCUCUCCCAAUCCAGACCAAAGUGUUGUUGGAAAUCUGGCACUUUAGCUCAGCAUAAUAACACAUCAUGGCAAUCCCCAUCAGCUUAGCAUGACUUCUGUUUUCUUUUUACAUUCUGAGUGUUAAAAUACCAUAUGCUGAUGGAAAAAUUGCAUUAAGGGUAGGGUUACACAGCUGAUUACUGUAAUUGCUGUCCAGUUGUACACCUGUAAAAAGUUGAACUGGCAAAAGUUAUAUGUUAGAUUUACAACAAUGACCAAAAAAAAAAGAGUAGUUGCUUGAGGCUGCUUAAGAACAACCAAAAACUUCAUGGAAUUUUGUGGUUUAGGGUCUUGGUUUCAUGGGACAUGCCAGAUAACUGGCCUAACAUGUUUAGUUCUUCUGUUCUAACUCCUAGUUUGUUGUGCAAUGCCUGGGGUUUUAAAAGCUUGUCCAAGGCGUGACAACUGGUCUCUAUUCACCUGGAGCAACAGAGGAACAUGGAGAGUCAGGAAUGGGAUCAGGAAUAUUCCAUAGGAUAUGGACUGUGUGGCUAAUUGCCUUCAUAAGCAACUGCCUCCUUUGCCAUGAAACCAGAAGAACUGAAUGGUCCCCGGCUACCAUGAUUGAACAUUUUGAUCAAAGAGUUCAUAGAAGAAUCCUGAUCAAAAGGGGAAAAAUGCAGAAUAGAAUUUCAAAUUCUCAUGGACUUCAGAAUUUCUGGAGCCAAGAGGGCUGGACGAACCCCUGAAAUUAUUGCCCUGAGAUAAUCUUUUGGUGCAGCAGUUAAAGCACCCAGCUGCUAACCAAAAGGUCGAUGGUUCAAAUCCACUAGCCACUCUGCAGGAGAAAAAUGUGACAGUCUGCUCCUGUAAAGAUUACAGCCUUGGAAAUCCUAUGGGGCAGUUCUACUCUGUCCUAUAGAGAUGCUAUGAGUCAGAAUUGACUCGAUGGCACUUGGUUGGGUCAGGUUGGAGAAUCAUCUUUAAAACUUAAACCAAAAAUAUUCCCUGAAGUCAUCUUAAAAUGAAACAAUAGUUUAGCUUAACUAGUAAAAAAAAGUCUGCCUUGAGCAUUAUGCUCUUUUAAGAACUACCUAUAUGGGUUCAAAGUGACAACAGUAACUCAAAAGAUAGGAACCUUACAGGGCAGUGUGUUUAUGUUAAUGAGGGAGGAACAACUCAGAAAAGGAGGGUGAGAAUGGUUGCACAGCUCAAAGAAUAUAAUCAAUGUCACUGAAUUGUACAUGUAGAAAUGAUUGAAUUGGUGUAUGUUUUGCUGUGUAUAUUCUUAACAAUGACAACAAAAUACAGUUAAGAAAAAUAAAGCACCAUGUGUACCACAAUGAAAUAUCAUUACACAUACAUUAAAGUGUCUAGAAUUGAAAAGCUGACGAUAUCAAAUGGUGCUGAGGCUGUGGAGCAACAGGAACCCUCAUACAUUGCAGAGGGGACGGUAAGAUGCUGUAGCUGUUUUGGGAAGUGAUGUGGUAGAGACUGAGGUUUAAGCAUAGAUCAAAAUGGUCAGUGAAAGUCUCUCUGCGGUGAUGACAUUUGGACUGAGGCUUAAGUAACAACUUUGCAGACAUGCAAAGUUCUGGGGCCAGAGCAUCCAUGGCAGAAACAGCAAAUGCAAAAGAGCUCAGGUGCAAAGGUGGCUGCUAUGUCCAGAAAGCAGAAAGAAGGCCACAGCUGGAGCAAGGUCAGGAAUGGACAUUAUGUAACGAUACAAGGAGCACUGGUGGGGCAAAUGGUUAAGAACUCGUCUGCUAACCUAAAGGUUGGUGGUUCAAAUCCACCCAGCGACUCUGCAGAAGAAAGACCUGGCGAUCUGCCCACAUAAAGAUUACACCCAAGAAAACCCUAUGAGGCAGUUCUACUGUGUAACACAUGGGAUCACCAUGAGUUGGAGUUGACUCAGUGGCACCCAACAACAAUAACAUCAGAGAGCAGACGGGGGCUCGAUGUGUAAGGCUCCUGAGGCCACAGUAACGAGUUUGAAUUUAAUACUAUGUGUGGUGGAAACCUGUUAGAGGGUCAUAAGAAGGGGAGCAGUGUGAUCUUCUCUACAUUUGAAAGUGGUUGCUCUAGAAUGGAGUGUUUGGGGGAAGAAAUAGCGGUGGGGUGAUCAUUUGGAGGUGGUUCCUGGAGUCCAGGUGAAUGAUAAUGGCGUCUGAUACUGUAGUGGUAGCAGUGGAGGUUGGAAGAAGUGAAUGGGCUAUUGUACAGGGACUAACACUGUGAUGAAGAAGACCUUGAAAUAUACUUACACUCUAAUGUGAGGUGAAGAAAUGCAGAAAAAAUUAUGCCCUUGCCAUGGUGACAACUGGAAGCCCCAGUGGCAUAGUGGUUAACCAAAAGGUCGGCAGUUCGAAUCCACCAGGCACUCCUAGGAAACUCUAUGGGGCAGCUCUACUCUGUCUUAUAGGGUCACUAUGAGUCGGAAUCAGUUCAACGGCAAUGGGUUUUUGUUUGAUUUAUGAUGACAACUAGGUGCCAACUCAGCACAUGUGGAAGAUUGGUUGAGAUUAAUACUGUCUCCUCCCCACCCCCCUCCCCAUUUCUAUGAUGGUUACAAUGCUUAAAACCAGAAACAGCAGUGGCCAUCAAGUUGACUGUGACUUGGGGGAGACCCCGUAUCUGUCAGAGUAGAACGGUGCUCCAUAUGGUUUUCAGGAGCUGAUUUUUCAGAAUUAGAUCUCCAACCUUUCUUCUAAGGUGCCUCUGGGGGGACGCAGCUCUAACCUUUCGGUUAGCAGCCGAAUUCAUUAGCUGUUUGUUUGCACUGCCCAUGGAAAGGGGAAAAAAAAUUAUCCCUCUCUACAGUAGGUGGCAGCAUUGCUUCUAGUUCUAUGCAUCACGAGCCUCAAGCAGAGAACAGGGCACAGAUGAAUCAAAAGAUAGCAUUUCAAGCUCACCUUUAGCAUCGGGGAGGAGAAAAGCUCAUCAGUAGCUGUCGUUGCCUACAAAGUCAGCCCUUGGGAAGGUGAUUGAGCAGACUGCGACUUAAACGGACCAUUUUCCAUAAGGACAUAAAGCCACCUUUUUAAAAGGAAGAGUAGCUUUUCAAGUACCACGUGUACCCAGAGUGGUUUCCUGGUAAGUCUGAGGUGUCUUUACCUUGAUGGGAGGGUCUCCCAUGGCUGUGUCUUCAAGCCUGUUGGGGGGCUGGGUAGCACAGCGGGUAGGAGCCACAGGAUCCAGCCCGCUUGGAUUUGAAUCCUGGCUCAUGCACUUACUAGUCCUGUAACUUUGAGCAAGUUAUUCCACCUCGUGUGUCUCAGUCUCCUCAUCUGUGAAAUGGGGAUAAUAGCAGCACCUGCCAUAGGAGGAGGCUGUAAAGAUUACACGCAUUGUAAUAUGAAGCAUUUAGAGCAGCUCUGGCUUUGUGAUAAGCGCGGCAUGAGCGUUAGCUGAUAGCAUCAGCAUUACGUGUGCUAUGGGGGUGAGAAUGCUUUGCUGACUGCCAAGUACUCAUUGCCCCAAAUCAGGAGCGACUGGCCAUGGAGGACCCCCUCACUUUCCCAGGGUUAGGAUGUGGGUAGAAACCCCAAGUUGGAGCAGACUGAGAGAGGCAUAGGUGAAUCCUUGCUUCUAGAAUGGACUGCACCAAGCACAUCGAGAGGCAGGGUGGGGCCUAAAUUUGCACCUAGCCCAACUUCUGCUCCCCAUCUCAGAAUUUAGCCUCUGCUUGAACACUUUCAGAAAUCACAUCUUACUCUAUGGCUGACGCUGCAUCUGCCUUUCUAUCGUUUAGAUCCCUUAAUCCUAAUUGCUGCCUCCCGUCUGUCAGUUUGUCAUAUUGUGGUGGCUUGCAUAUUUCUGUGAUGCUGGAAGCUAUGCCACUGGUAUUUAAAAUACCAGCAAGGUCACUCAUGGUGGAGAAGUUUCAUUGGCGCUUCCAGACUAAGAUAGACUAUGAAUAAAGGCUGGCAAUCUACUUGGGAAAAUUAGCCAAUGAAAACCUUAUGGAUCACAGCAGAACAUUGUCUGACUGGCUUUGGAGGAAUCCGUGACUGGAGGAGGACAUCAUGUUUGGUAAAGUAAAGGGCCAGCAAGGAUGUGGGAGACCCUUGGUGAGAUGGAUUGAUACAAUAGCCGCAACGAUGGACUUGAGCACGCCGGCAUUUUUGAGGAUGUCGUGGGAGCAGACAACAUUUUAUUCUGUUGUACAUAAGGCUGCUAUGAGUCAGAGCUGACUAGAUGGCAGCUAUCUAUCUGUCUAUCUAAUUCUAAUUGCACAUUGAAAUCAGCCUUGUAAAUGGGAAUCUACUCUCAUUCUGGAAGUUCUUCAGGACAAAGAGAUGUAGGACCCCUACUUUGACCCCAUACACCAUCACUGUUGAAGAACUGAUAAGGAAGAGGGACUGUUGGAAAGUUAAUUGAGGAAAUGAGUCUCUGAACUUACCCUCUCCCUGGCUUUUGGUUGAAAAGCAGAAAUUCGCUACAGUAGGACCUUCACCACAGGGCCAGCCAGGAGCUGGCCUUGCCUUUGGCGAAGGUCUGAAUGUCCCAGGUCUGUGAGCUGCUUCCACAGGAGCAACACAAACAGAAUGCAGCAUUUGAAUGUCUGUGAGGCAGCACCAGCAACAGAGCCGAGGGAGGGCGGUCUCCAGAUCCUACUCCCAGCCUACAUUGUUAGUGCCGCCCCGGAGAAGCUAAAAGAGGGCUGAAGUCCAAAGGACUAGGGCUUGUCUGGGCAACAUGGCUCUUACAUGCAUCACUCCAGUUGUGAGAUGGAAAAAAGCAAGUCCCUUCACCUUUUUGGGCCUUCAUUUCCUCACUAGUAAGAUGGUAAGUGGAGUUCCUGGGAGGUGCAAAUGGUUAAAGCACUUGCCUGCUAACUGAAAGAUUGGAAGUUUGAGUUCACUCAGAGGUGCCUCAGAAGAAAGGCCUGGCAAUCUGCUUCUGAACAAUCAGCCGUUGAAAACCUUGUGGAGCGCAGUUCUACUCUGACACACAUGGGGCCGCCGUGAGUUGAAAUCGACUCAAAGGCAACUGGUUACUGGUUAAGAUGAGAACAAAUGAACUAAAUUAGGGUUCCCAAAAGUGCUUUCCCUGGAGUAUUAAUCUUUUGAGUUACACCACGAAGGAAAAAAUUCUAUGGUCUACAGCAGUGGUUCUUAACUAGGAGAAAUUGCUAUGAGUUGGAAUCGACUCGCCAGCAACAAGUCUGGUUUUUGGUUUUUUCCCAAGGGACAUUUGUCAACAUGUUUGAUUGUCAUAACUGUCUGUUUAGUGGAUGGAGGCCAAGGAUACCACUAAACAUAAUACAAUAAACGGAACAGUCCCCCGCAACAAGGAAUUAUUCGGCCCAAAGUGUUAAUAGUGUUAGGAACUAUGGUCUAAUAAGAAGCUCUGGUCUAACGAGUUCGAGAUAUACGGGGCACACUCUGUCACUGCCUUUCUCAAUUCACAUUAGCAUAAUGAAGGCACAGAGAAGUCCCGCAGGAAAUUUUCUUUACCUUCCCAGGCAUGUAUGAUCAUGGAACACGCCUGCCCCCCGCCCAACACACACACACUUAUAACUUUACUAUCAUCACACAGAACUGCCUCUUGAUAGUCAGCCACAUGGGCAAAUCCUGGUUAGAUGAUCUCUAAAGUUAUUUUCUGUUCUGAAAAAAAAUGUUGAAAAUUUUUCUUUCCUCUGAUGAGGUAAUAUAGUGUCAGGUUUUGAAUGAAUACGGCUCAGAACCAAAUUGCUUGAGUUGAAUCCUGCUCCGAGACCUGUUAGCUGGAUGACUUUGGACAAGUUAUUUAACCCUCUGGUUCCUGAGUUCUAACAUGGUAGUGUAGUGACAGCACCACCUAUCACUUAGGGAUGUUGUAAGGCUUAAAUGGGACCACAUAUGCGAAGUUUGGAGAUUAACACCAGACACCUGGUAAGCCCUUGAUUAAAUUUUGAUUAUUAUUAUAUAAGGUUUUUUGGUUGUUCUUGUAAUUUCCUGAAGAUGCUGUCGCUGUUCUAGGCAUCAUAUCUGCCCACAAGAGGACACUGUUUACACAGGCUUGCCACAAAAUGUUUUCAAAGUUCUGUCAGGGACAGGUAGCUUGGCUUGUGUCCUUGGUCUGAUUUCUCAUGAACUGCUGAGCUAUAGAUUUCGAGCUAGAAGGGACCCUGCAAAUGAUAUAAUUCAAUCAUCUUAUUUUGCAAUUAUGAGACAAAGGAGGUUAAAUACAAACCCAGUGAGUGUGAUUUACAAAACCGACAGAGUGGCAGGAAAAAUAACUCCAAGUACACUCUCUAUGGGAGGUAGGACAGAAACACCACUUUCUGGGAAGAAGAAGAAAAAGACAUCAAAUAUGUUAACAGUAGGGCCAGGCUGAAAUAGAAGGAAUAAAU